AUGUGUCUCUGCGUCUGUUUGCCUCUUUCUGUGUAUCUCUGUGUCUCUGUGUGCCUGUGUCUGAGGUUGUCUAUGUUUCCCUGUGCAUGCCCCUGUGUGUGUUUCUGCGUGUGUCUGUGUUUGUCUCUGUAUGUGUCUAUGUCUCUGUGUGUUUCUUUGUGUGUC